AUGGCGGACCAAGAGGAGACUUUUGGCCUCCAAAACUCUCCCGGUGGCUCGGAUUCAAGGGAAGUACAGAGCGAUAAUAAAUCAGAGAAACAGAACGGGACCUCAAGCAAAUCCCCAUCAUCACAGACAACUUACAUCCAGCAGGUCAGUAUCAGUCAGUGUGGAAUGGAGGGAAUAAAAGUCUACCUGCACGAGAGGGAACUGUGGAUGAAGUUUCACGAGGUGGGGACGGAGAUGAUCAUCACCAAAGCCGGAAGGCGAAUGUUCCCCAGCUUCAAAGUGAAGGUCACGGGACUCAACCCCAAAACUAAAUAUAUUCUCCUGAUGGAUGUUGUUCCUGCGGACGACCAUCGAUAUAAAUUCGCCGACAAUAAAUGGUCUGUGACCGGGAAGGCAGAGCCCGCUAUGCCCGGGAGGCUCUACGUUCAUCCGGACUCUCCCGCCACAGGGGCGCAUUGGAUGAGGCAGCUCGUUUCCUUCCAGAAGCUGAAACUGACCAACAACCACCUGGACCCGUUCGGACACAUCAUUUUAAAUUCGAUGCACAAGUACCAGCCGAGGAUCCACAUUGUGAAGGCGGAUGAAAAUAACGGCUUUGGCUCCAAAAACACGGCCUUCUGCACUCACGUCUUCCCCGAGACCGCCUUCAUCGCGGUCACAUCCUAUCAAAACCAUAAGAUAACCCAGCUGAAGAUAGAGAACAACCCAUUUGCAAAAGGUUUUCGUGGAAGUGAUGAUAUGGAACUGCACCGGAUGUCCAGAAUGCAAAGCACCAAGGAGUAUCCAGUAGUGCCUCGCAGUACAGUGCGACAGAGGGUGGGCUCCAGCCAGAGCCCGUUCAGCGGGGAGGUCCAGGGCAUGGGCACCCCGAGCACCCUGAGCUCCCAGUACUCCCACUGUGAGAACGGGGUCACAAGCACCUCACAGGACAUGCUGCCUCAGUCGGGCUCCUACCCACUGCCACACGAGCACAGCCAGGAGUACCACUGCAUCAAGAGGAAAGUGGAGGAUGACUGUCACUCAGGUGAGCACAGCUAUAAGAAAGCCUACCUAGAGAGCUCGUCCAGUGAGGAGGACCAUUACUACCGUCCUGUUGGUUACGCCCAGAGCCUCGGCCUGGCCGGCGGGCCCUACCGCAGUGAAUCUAGCCAGCGACAGGCCUGUAUGUACGCCAGCGCAUCACAGGGAGCUGAGCCUGUUCCCAGUUUGGAGGAUAUCAGCUGCAACACUUGGGCCAGCGUUUCACCCUAUGGGAGUUGCUCUGUCACCACCAUGCAGCCAAUGGAGCGGCUGCCAUACCAGCACUUCUCCGCUCACUUCACCUCAGGGUCUCUGGUGUCCAGACUUGGCGGAGUUGGGGGCCACGCCUCACCGCAGCUAGGUGACGGCCACCACGCAGCCAUGUACCAGAGCUCCAUGACCCACCAGACUCUGGGCCGCCAGUGCAGUCCUGGGGCUGGGAUCCAGUCGCCGACAGCCAGCCUACAGGGAAACGAGUACCUCUACACACACGGCAUCCCACGUACAUUAUCGCCACACCAGUACCACACUGUACAUAGUGUCAGCAUCAUGCCAGAGUGGAACGAGAACAGCUAA